AUGUCCCAAGUCUUCUACCGCUGGGGCGCGGGCCGCGACGAGUCGCGCGUCAAGUUUGACGGCACCCACAUCUCCGUCUUUGACUUUAAGCGCCAGGUCAUGCUGGGCAACAACCUCGGCAACGGCAAGGACUUUGACAUUGUCGUGCUCGAGAAUGGCGAUGAAUUGAAAGACGACGAACACCAGAUUGCGCGCUCGUCGUCGCUGACGGUCCGCCGCCGCCCGGCCAUCAUGAAGGGCCGCGGCACGGCGCAAAACUACAUUGUCGGCACGGACGCGUCCAUGUCGUUGACGGGCGAACACCGUAUCGAGGCGCAUGCGCGCGAGGCGAUGAAGGACCGCAUGCUCAACCGCGGCGCGCGUGGCCAGGCGGGCACGUAUGGAAGUAUGACCAAGCGGUUUGACGGCAAAGAGCCUGAGAAGAAGGAGCAGGUGGCUGUGACUACUGGUGAUGCCGACGAGGACGCGAGGAUCCGUGCCAUGCUGCAACAGCAGGAGGAUACGUGGGAAGCUAUGCAGGAGGACCUAUCGACGCUGCCUCGGUUCAACGCCGGUGGCCAGCAGCGCCGCGGGCCCAUGAAGCCUGCCGGACCUGGUGGAGCCAGCAAGUUUGACUUCAGCGUGGCGCCCGACAAGGAGCCUCCAGUGGGCUACAUCUGUUACCGCUGUGGACAAAAGGGCCAUUGGAUCCAGAACUGUCCGACCAACGACGACCCAACAGCACAGGACCGCAAGCGCUUUGUCCGUGUGACUGGUAUCCCGCGUAGUUUCCUCAAGACUGUCGAGACCCCCACCACUGGCGAGGGUUCGUCUGGCGGUGCGAUGCUUACUGCCGACGGAGGCUUUGUGCGUGCCGUGCCCGACCAACGGCAAUGGCAAAAGCACGCUGCCGCCAAGCCGCGUGCCCUCACUGGCGCCGAUGUGCGAGACCAGGAGCCCGUCGACGCCGAGCUCACGUGCGGUAUCUGCAAAAAGCUCGUGUGGGAGGCCGUCCGCGUGCCGUGCUGCGACCAGGCGUACUGCGAAGAGUGCAUCCAGAGCUACCUCCUGGAACACGACUUUGAGUGCCCGGCGUGCGAGAGCAAGAUCACGUCGUUUGACAAGCUCAAGCCCGACGAGGAGCUGCGCGAGCGCGCCAAGGGCUACGUCGACGGCGAGGUGGAGCGGAGCAAGAAGGAGGGCGAGGAGGCCGAAAAGGCCGCCGAGGCCGGGUCUGGCACGCCGGCGCCAGAAGGGGGAGCGGCGACGCCCGACGUGCACGGCAAGAAUCCCUUCAGCGGCCCGCUGCCCGACAUGAACACGCUCGCAGACUACCUCCAGGCCAUGAUGCAGACGCUGCGCAACCCGCUCGUCCCGCCACAGCUCAAGGCGCAGCUCCAGGCCCACAUCAAGAUCACCAACGCCAACUUGCUGCAGAUGCAGAUGCUGGCCGCCCAGGGGCUCAUGCUCGGGGGUAUGGCCAGCAUGGGCGGCAUGGGCAUGGCCAACCCCAUGGCCCAGAUGGGCAUGAUGAACCAGGGCAACGCCAUGAUGGGCAUGGGCAACGGUAUGCCGAACCAGGCGAUGCUCCAGCAGCAACAGCAGCAACAGCAGCAGCAGCAACAACAACCGUUCCGCCCAGUCGGCCGGGGCGGCUUCCGCGGCCAGCCGUUCUUCCGCGGACGCGGCGGCUUCGCACGGGGCAGGGGAGCGAACAUGGGAGCUAUGGGGGUGCGCCGGCCGGCAGAGGACGCCGGUGGUCCGCCAGAAAAGUUCCAGAGGGUUGCAUAG